CCCCCCCCCAAUCGCAUCCCCACCCACACAGUCGCAGCCACACAGCAGCAGAGAACCAUGAAGGUGGAGGUGUUCCAAGACCCUCUCGUGUUCAUUGAGCGCGUCGAGCGCUUCCUACUCAGGGAUGAACUGCAGCACAGCGGCAUGUUGGGCCUCUUGCCCGUACUGGAGGAUCUGCCAGACCACCGGCCUUCGUCCCUGCUUCUGGCGACCGUCUCGCUUGGCGAUUCCGAUGGGAGUGUUGGCGGCAUCGUCCUCGUCGUCCUGCAAUACAGCGCUUGGCAUGGCAUGCACGUUGCCCGCCUCUCCCAGGAGCCGGACAUCUACGAGCCAGCAGUCUCAGCCCUGAUCCAGGAGAUGAAGGAGCGGGAGCAACACAUGGAGGCGGUCAUCUCCGACCCGAUUACGGCGCGGGCGUUUGCGGACGCCGCUCUGGAGAUGUCGGACUGGGCCGAGCGCGUGACGCAUUCCCACACGCGCGACGUGCUGGUGCUCAAGAAACUGAAGAACAACAAGAAGCUUGCACCGGGCAAGCUCAUCACCGUCGAGGCAAACGAGGCCGAGUCAUACACGGAGAAGUUCUACGACGCACUCAACGAGCGGUGGGGUGACUUUGCGCCCAUCAGCACGCAGUGCCGCGAGGCCCUCCGUGACGCCGCGUCGCACGGGUGGCUGUUUGCACACGUGUACAGGGACCACAUGGUCUCCUUCUGCAUGAUCCGCCACGUGUCGUCGAGCAAGGCGCGCGUGACCACGUGCGUGACCCCACGCGGGUACCGCGGGCGCGGGUUUGGCAAAGCGCUGCUGUGCAACGCCAUCAAGCACCUGCGCAAGGAGCACGGCAUCAAGGAGGUGCUGCUGUACCAGGACGAGCACGAUCCCGCACGUGAGCUGUACACAUCCAUUGGCUUCACCAGCGAGGCCACGUCGCACAUCUACGAGGUGCUACUCAAGAGCGGUGCAGCGAGCAGCGCGCAGGACAAGCUGACGUUUGUCGGCGGCUCCAAGCGCACGUCGUGGUCGGCGCCCGUGCCCGGUGGCGAGAUGGCCACCAUGGGCAGGAUCAUGUCCAAGGGCUCCUUCGACGCGACAGCUCUGCUGUCCAAGGGGAUGCGCGCGUGGACAGAGGAUCCGAGCGAGGGCGAAGGCAACGGUGGCGACGAUGACGACGAUGAUGACGAUAGCAUUGCAUUCAGCAACACGGGGAACGACCAGCAGCGCACUGACAGCGAGGAUGGGGGUGACGAACAGGUGCAUGUGAACGACGUUGAGCUGACCACCAACAAUGCUGACGGUGAUGGUGAUGCUGAUGGUGACAGUGACGGUGAUGGCGAUGGUGGUGAGACGCUCACAGUUCCCGCGCAAGAUGAUGCCAGCGACGAAGAAGGGGAGGAGGAGGAGCAGGAAACGGACGAGGAAGAGGGAGGGGAUGAGGAUGAGGCGGAUGCUCCCGGUCCUGACGCGGCUGACGACGAUGAAGAGCGAGAAGUGGAUGCCAUUCCAAGCACUGAUGGCGCUGCGGCUGGUGAUACCAACAACAACGACAACGACAACAACGACAACAACGACAACAGCGACAACAGCGACAAGAAUGACAAUGAUGGCAGCAAUGACACCACUGCGGUGCCGCCGCUGACAAACACGCCGUCGUCGCCAUCGCAGACACGCAGCUCCCGCCGCAGCUCGGGGUCCACGGAGCCCGCGUACGUGGCACUGCGCGACCUCUCCUGAUGAUGCCACUGGUGACGAUGGCAGUGACGAUGGCUUGAUGAGAGGGGCUCAAACACAUACGCUGCACAAACGAAGACAUUUUUUUUGUACGCUGCGUCGUGUGUGUGUGUGUGUGUUUGUGUGCAUUUCCUUUCCCUUGUUGUUAUUUUUUUUUUUGAUAAUGGCUUGCCUACUUUCUUGCGCUGCCGCUCAGUGAUGCGGGUACUGCUUUGCUGCUGUUGUUUCUCUGCUGGUGGCGUUUCGCACGGCCACACCCAUCACUGUGCUUUGUAUCUCAUGACAUGAUUUGACUCCAUUUCCUUCCAUUUCCUUGCUCACAUCACAUUCCAUAACAUGGCGUUUCAUUUUUCAUGGGCCUCGGGCCACAGACAGACAGAC